UUUAAUUCAUAUUUAUUAUAUAUUUUUAUUUGAAUGAAUAAUCGAAUAAUGAGAUUAGUUCGAACUUCAAAACACCUUAAAUUAUUAAAAUUGUUCGACAGAAAAGUGAGAAAUAUAAGGAAACAAACUUGUAGUACUCAGCUCCAUACAAAAAAAAAAAAAAAAAAAAAAAAUCCCCAGACGAGGAAUUUACAUCAAACUUUUGAAGGAGGAAACAAAAACCCGCCGAUCAAGGGCCGGGCUCCCUUCACAGCCGAAGGGCCCGCCAGGUGCACCAGACCCCAUCCGCUGCCUUGCCCCAUCCUCUUGUCCUGAUUGUUUCUAUGGGAAAAGCUAUGAAAGCACGGACGUGUAUAAAUACAAGCUCGUGGGUGAAAGCACGUGUCGCGAGCUGACAUUCUCAUUCCCACGUUUGAACGUUCAAGGGAAGUAACUACAGAGAAGGGGGAGGUGACGUGUAGGUGGCAGCUGUUGGUCGCAGAGAAAAUGGCUUCCAUCCAACUUCGGCAAAGAUAGUUUGUAAACAACAUCGCCGCCUGUAAAUAAUGGCUCACUUUGGAAAAGAUUUGGAUAAUUUUAGCGCAUCAAGGACUGUCCAGAUUAUCGAUUCCGAGACAACUGAACAUUUUACGACAUAUACUAUUGAAGUGACAGUUGGCUCUUAUACAUGGACAGUAAAACACAGAUACAGUGAAUUUUAUGAACUCCAUGAGAAGUUGACAGCAGGCUACAAACUGGACAAAAGUCUAUUGCCACCUAAGAAACUGUUUGGAAAUCAGACGGAGUCAUUUAUACGCAAGCGGCAGCAAGACCUGCAAGUAUAUUUGCAGACUGUACUUCAUUAUUUGGCGCAUCAUGCACCCCCAGCUCUCACAUUUUUCCUGGACUUCCACAGAUAUGAGAUACAUGGCAUCACCCAAGCCCUUGCUGAAGACCUGUACAACAGAGGAGAGACUAUUCUUCAGACACAAGAGGUGUACCACAUGACACCAUUGCAGCUCUACUCUUUGACAGAACGCUUAAAACUACCAGAACCCACUUGUGGUGAGAUUUUUACAAAUCUAGGUGAUAGUGGUGAUGUGAAGAAAGAUCUUGGGCAUAUUCUGGACUUCAUCACCAGAGCCAAAAAUUUACAGAUCUGUGGCAGCGAUGAGCCAGUUGAGACCAGCAAUAUCAACAUGAACCAGCUCAAGUUUGACCUCAGUCUUUUCAAGUCUCUUCAAUCUUUGGAGAUUAUCUCGUGUAAUCUGAUGAUGGUGGGGGGACUUGAGACAGUCAAACAGACGUUAAAGGUAUUCAAUGUAUACAGAAGUGCUACAACCAUCAAGGAGAUAGUUUUGCAAGAUGCGCCUAGUUGGAAAGGAGAGGAUGGCACACAGCUUGUUGGUGGAUGGGAUCGUGUGGUGCAAGCAGAUUUCAGCCACAACUACAUCAAAGAGAUUGACAGUAGCAUGCAAAUCCUCUGGCGUGUGGAGCAGUUGGACCUGUCCCACAAUCAGCUUGAGAAUGUGCAGAACCUCCAGUGGCUGAGCAACCUGACACAGCUGGACCUCUCACACAACCGCCUGCGACGUCUGGACUCCCUGCACACCAAAUUGGGCAAUGUGACUUCUUUGUCCCUGGCUGGCAACAUGAUUGAGACUUUACAGGGAUUUUCCAAGUUGUUCUCAUUACAGGUACUGGAUGUGAGCAACAACAGGAUUACAGCACUGGAGGAUGUAAAGCCAGUCUGUCAGCUGCCAUGCCUGGAGAAAUUAUUUCUGUCUGGAAAUCAGAUCACACUAACAGUAGAUUACCGAACCAAGGUCUUGGAGAUGUUUGGUGACCGUGUUGAUGAGGUAAUUUUAGACAGUGUCAAAGCCAGCCAGAAGGAGAAAGACACUGUGGCUGUAAGGCAGGCUCUACAAAAAGCACGUGAUAUGAAAGGCAUCCCAAGAAAGACUUCUUCCUCUGCUAGUUUAACAGAUGUUUAUGGUAGAGGGGGUGGCACCCCUCCCCCUCCAUCCUCUGACACCUCCCUUCUCCCCUCAGGUGCACAAGGCAGCUUCACCUCUGCCUCAGUUCUAGGACAGAGAUCCUCAAGCCCUGUCAAUGUUGCAUCUGUCAGUUCAUCUGCUCCUCACCACACUUCAGUACACAACUGGUCAGUGGCAGACAACUCUCCACAAAAUGUUUUUAUCCCAUCCCGCUGCUCCCCCAGCCAGUCAUCAGUCUCUUCCUGUGCCAGUGCUCGAGAAGCACUCACUGAGGGUAGCAUCCAUCUUAUACCUGAGGCGCACCCCUUUGAUCACACCGAUGCAGCCUCAUCGUCUAGCCAGUCCAGCCACAAGGAGAGAAUUCAAGAGUUCAUGGCAGCAGAGUUACCAACGAUGACAUCACUAGAUUUUGUGGCCUGGCUUCAAACUAGACUCUUUGGAAACCAAGCACUGACUAACACCAAUAACUCCAACAGGUUCUCUUCAAAGCAGAACUGCAGCAUCACAAGAGAAAUCACUCCAGUGGGCACAGACCAUGUAGUGGAUGUAAUGUGGUGUUAUGUCCAGCAGUACUCAGCUCCAGGCUUGAUCUUUCCUUGCUGUGUGGUGCUUACCACCACCAAAAUGAUUGUAGAGCGUAUGUCCCCGAGCAUUUCCAGGUCUAGCUUUCAAGGCAUUCCUGACCUCCAGCCUUGCAUAGUUCUGCCUCUUUGCAGCAUCCAACACACUGUCAUAGGACCGUGCCAUGCCUACAUUCGCCUAGAAGAAGCUUUCGUUGGCAAAAGUGGGCUCUUCACCUUGUUUGCCUUGGAUUCAGUAGUUUUAAAGCACUUUGCCAACAGCCUGAUCGAGUGCUGCUUGCAGCUUGAUGCUUCUAACCCUUUGGACAUUCUCGACCUUUCAAGGCAAUCUGACCUCUUGUCAGAAAUUUGCAGACGGGAAGAAAUGUUUACCCUUCCCUCAGAGAGACUUGUUUUCGUCACACUCCUCAGGGUGAAGGAAGUCUUCAACAUCCAGUUUACCUUGCUGGUCAUGUCAGAAAAUAAACUGUAUUGUUUGGAUCCUGCUUGUGUUUACUGGCCACCAGCAAUCUUUGAGUCAGCUCAUGAAGAUUCCAUCCAUUUAAAUAUGCUGCAGGAGUUUUCUAUCAUGGAGAAUAUACGUGAUGUAGCUCUUCAAGCAGCACCGGGAGCAGCCUUUAAGAUUCAGACUGUUUUGGCUGACCCUGUGAAAGACAAAGCUGUGCAUUUUAAGCCAACUUUGUUGACAAUGCUGCUGGGGACAUCAGCCAGUCAGCAAGAACUUACCUUCUUCUUCAGUACCCCAUCUUCCUGUGACCUGUUUCUAGACAGACUAACAAACCUGCGUGCUGAGCAUGCUCAUCGAAUGCUACCCACAGUUCGUGAAGCCCCUGAAGGGGGAAAUGAGAGUCCUGAGGUUACUGACAGAGGAGACAUUUCCCCAAAGGAGAAGACUCACCAUACAAUAAAAUAUAGUUCCCAAGAUACAUCUGUGCAAGUCUGUACACAACCUGUGUUGCACACAGUGGCAGUAGCCUCUUUACCUUCAAGCUUUGACUGGAAGAGGUACUACUUUCCUAACUCUUCUCCUUAUGCUUUUUCAUAUCAUGAUUCACAGGGGAGUAGGACUUUGCCAGUGGAAGAUCUCCAAAAGAAGACAGUGACUACAAACUCUGAGGACCUCCUGAGGAAAACCACUCAACAGAAUCUCCUUCCUGGAGAGACAUCUGAAAACAAGGAGGAGAAUGAGGCAUCUGCUACUUCUCUUAUUGAACAGGAGCUCCGACAAGCUGUGCGAACAUACAAUCUUCUGCAUCCCCUGCUGCCCACACUGCAGCCACUGUCACUUAUGAGUGGCCGGGAAGUCAUGACAUUUUUUUACAGCAAGAUUGCAGGCACCUCUGUGUCUGUUUCCACUGAACCGCCCUCAAGCAGUGGCAGCUUAAAUUCUACUCCAGAAGAGCUGCAGCACGUAUUAUGGAGUGGUGUGGUUCCUUACAACUAUCCAGCCAUGGAGAUUGUCACCCUCAUCAUGCUGAGCACCAGGGCAAUCUACUUUGUCUCUGAUGCCAACACUACCAUCACUUCUGCUCCUGGUGUUCGACCUUCAUGGAUGACUCACGUACGAAAUAAUUCUGACUCUGCUGUCGGAUGGCACUCUCGUACAGAGUCACUUCAGAGAGGGAAUUCAAGGGGAGCCUAUUGGCACCAGGUACACCAUGUGAAGCCAUAUGCGGUCGUUGCUUUGGCUGAUCUUGUGCAAGUCUCUGUUGGGCUGUUUGACCAGUUUUUGCGUGUGACAGGUCCAGAUGCCCAGACUGUCUUCACCCUGGCGACACGAGACAGCAGACAGACAGCAAUGUUUGUGGAUAAACUGAAGAGUGUGUUGUCUUUACUGGUGAUCUCUCCUGCCAUUGACAAGAGUCCCAUGGAUUCUGAACAGGACAUUUAUCGUGCCUUUGCCAAGCGCACCAACUCCACAGUGGAGGGCCUUGUCUUCACCCACCCAAGUAAAGUGACUUUCCUCUACCCUGGUGAUGAUGCCAUUGAAGAUAUUCUCUUCCUCAUUAAGGCCAAAGCACAGUCAGCCACUCUGGGAGUUGAGAACAGCCUCACUUCUGUUAUAUCACUCACUCAGCAGAAAGAGGUUGUCUGGCUGUACAUCUUGGCUUAUCAAGUUCUCUCCCCGUUUGGUGAAAUCCGUGGGACACUAUUGCCAGACUGCUGCCAGUCUCGUAGUGUGAUUGUCACCAGCCAUCACCUGUGCCUUGUGCAGGAAGAUAUUGUCACUUACCCGCUGCCUGACUUUGUGCGUGGCAUGCCAGAACAACCUCAGCAUGACAUUGUGGAGAUGCGACGGCUGGAAAGUUUGAAGCGUAUCGUUGUGAACAUUGCAAACCCUAGGCUACUGAGCUUAGUCUUCUGGGAUGAGCCGGAGGAGCUUGUGGUGGACACCUCCAUGGAGCACUUCAGUCAGGUUGUGGCAGGCAGGAGGGGUCAGGCUCCAGGUGAGAAGAAAGGUGGGGGAAUCUUGCCGGAAGUGGUGUUGCGGGUUUUCAUCCAGUGCCAGCGUGACAAGGACAAACUGUUGCAAGUCUUACAGAAGCAGUGGCAGGAGCUGGUGCCACAGGUGGGCCGCCUUCUAGAUAUUGUGCGAGAGUGAAUGGCAGCAGCUUGUCAUAGCUAGGCCAUCAGCUGGACAUCAUGUGAAAACAGAGUUUUUGAAUGCUUUGUUUAAAGGACUGGACAUUGAGUAAACUGUACAAGUUACAUAAGUUACAGGCACAGUGAGCAAGGGUGCUGCUUUGUUAAAUGACAAAUGAAUGAGAGUAGUGUCCCUUGGUGUACACACAACACAAUGACAAUGGUGUUCCUGGGUGUAAUGAGAAUAGUGAAUGGUAUUCCUUUGUGUACACACAACAUGAUGGACUGUUCGUAAAAAUAGUUGAAAAGUAGGAAGGGAAAAUAGUCUUGUUUUACUUCUUACAAAAACAGCACAAGCUGUAUUUAGUGUGUAAGUCUAAUGCACAGAAAAUACUAGCACAGGCCUAUAGUGUACUGUACCAUACUGUCUGUGUACAGCUCAAGUUUUUAAUGUUGUUUAAAAAAUAAAUUAUGAUUACACAUACUUAUUUAUGCACUUUUAAUAGCCAGACUUAUCUGUGUCCACUCACCAAAUGUUUGAUAUAUUUAAAAGCCUGUGUAUGCUGCAUUUAAAGACAUAGGAGAUGUAGUAGUCACUACUUUUACAUAUUCUAGAUCAUGGCCAGACCGAUUUUCGCUCGUGCCAGUAGGCAGAAGAUGAAGAACCUGACAUAGUGCCAGGUCCUGUUACUAACUUCACUACUGCAUCCAGUAACACAUAUAGGAUUACACGCAUCAGAAGGUUGACACAAAUACAUAACUGAAAAGAAGUAACAUGAAGAUCAGGGUUGUGUUAAAUAAGAGUUUGAAUUUCCUUUUCAGUUUAUUAACAUUAAUCUCAAGUGUUUAUCAGGCUCAGAAUUUUAUCUUAAAUCAUAAAGUGGUAGUUGUACUGCUACUCCAUCUGGAUUGAAAUUAGGUUACUCUGAGUGAUGCUUAGGGUUAACCAAACUUCUAGUCUUGUUUAACUGUCUAAUCCCUUUCAUGCAUCAGGUUGCACAUAAGGCCUCAUGUCUUGUUUAACAUUUAGGUUUAUAAAAUUCCUGGCUCAAGUAGUGGUUGGGAUUAAUGCAGAAGUGGUUAAAGUACAGGUGGAUCUGUUUUACUACAUAGUCUCUAGCAGAACAGUGGAGAUAAAUGUAGUAUAGGGUGCCUUUUGUACGUAACACUGUUUGGCUAUCUAGACUGACAGUCAUUAAAUUCAGUGUGAACACUUAAAUGUGGAGAUAAGCAUAAACUACAUUAUGUCCAUGUGACCAUUACUUGCCAUGUAUACUUUUGUACAGAUGAGGCUGGGAAUGAUUCUUUAUAGCAGUUAAGCAAGGUCUUGCUUUUUUUUUUACAGAUUAAACUGUGUAGACUGUGAGGAACAGAUAAAUUUAAGCUGAAGUGAGACACAAGUUACUCAUAGUUAUGUUCCUAGUUAUUAAGAUUGCUAGUUUUAUUAGUAGAACUUAAUAGGUACAUGUGAAAGUCACUGGCAACUUGAGAUAAAGGUUCAAAUCAUAUGUAUGCUGUAGUAGCAAAUGUCAUAGAUGUUUAUAUCUCAUAAAGAAGACAGCUUUUGUGCCACCAAAACAUUUCUGUGAUCAUUUGCACAAGAGUUUUUUUUGUGUGUUUGUGCCAAACAAUUGUUUGGCAUGAUUAAUUGUUUGAUUUUACAGUACACGGAAGUAUUUCAGAUUUUGAGCUAUAUCAUGGGUUUUCACAUUGUACAGAGAUAAAAUCAUAGAUCUUGCACUGUGGGCAGUUCUCUCCCUCUGCAUAGACAAUUUGCCUUCAGCAUUGUGCCUGCUCGUUUGCAUCUGCAACACAGUAUCAGGGACUUCAUCCACAGGAACAAAAUCAUGAUUAUCUUUUAAGUUGUUUGCACACGUUGAGCUAUUUAAGACUAACAUGGUGCACACUCAGCGCGAUGUUAUAUUUUGGGUUUUGUGAGUUUAAUCAUGUUCAUGUUUAUAUUUUGCCCUAACAUCUUAUUGUGUUGUGAAAUUCAAAUCCUACACCGAAGACUCUUGCAAAUUUCCAACUUUGGAUUGCAAUGCCUCUUCGAGGGAGUUAUUUAUGUUUAUUUUUAGUGUGGAGUUUGUUCCUGUCUUCAUGUGUCUAUAAAUAAAUAUGCAUCCCUUGACAUAUAAAAGAUUCCCAUACAAAAGGCGAAGUAUUUAAAAAGGGAGUUUAGGCUGUUUUUAAUGUUUAGCAUGAACUCAUCUGUACACAGUGCUGAUGUUCUCAUUUCACUCAUUCCACAGGCAUCCAGUCAGAAUUUUAUAGUGUAGUGUUGCCACUCAGAACUUGGUAUCUCAUUGUGGGUGUGGGAGUGCUUUUCACACAUAAGCUUAUUAAAAAGUGUAGUGAUGUCUAGUUUCACUGUCAGUGUAUUUUAACCAGAGGAGUUUACUCUUGACACCUUUUAUAAAACUGCUGUGAAAAGACUGUCCAGGAUGAAAUGAAAUUUGUUUUAGCUUAUAGGCCAGAUUAGUCUUAUGCAUAUUCUACUGCUUUUCCUUUUGUUUCCUCUGUUUUGGAGUCUGUGUUUAGGAUGUAUUAUCAGGGUUGUGACUCACUGUUGUGAGUUCAUAAUGAAAGGAUAGCGAUUUCUGAAUCUCCUUUGGGGCUUCCGUUGUUGGGGGGCUUUUGGUUUGUUUUUUUAUUUUACUUUUUUAUAUAUUUUUGAGGCUGACCAGGGAAGAUGAGAGGUUCAAUGAAUGGUUGCAGAUUGUGAAACAAUUUUAGAGAAACAAAAUAUUAGUGAAUUGAUAUUAUGUAUAAUAUACAAAUUUAGAUAAGAUUAUUAAACAACUAAUAUGUUUCAAUGGUAUACAUGUAUAUAUCCUUAUGUGUCAGCAUAGGAUCUGUAUUUUGGAGAACAGGGUGAACAGUAGUCAAUAACAUUAUUGAUAGCCUUUUUAUGCCUUAAAUAACCUAAUGGUUUUGUUAAAUGCAAAAUUAGUUCUAGAAGCUUGUUUCCAUGAGUAUGAAACUAGUACCUUCCACCAUGACCUAAAAUAUGAAAAGAAUGUACACGGUAGCAAACUCAAUACUUUGACAUUAAUUGGUGUGUCUAGUUUGCAUUGUUUUUUCCUUAAAUGGAUUAAUUUUGGUGUCCAGAUGGAAAGCAGGUCUUUGUUUUCUCAUUUCACAAGGUUUUCCAUUGCAGGGGGAAGCAAAUGUCUUAUCUAGAAAUUGUAACAGUUCCACUUAGUUGAAGAAGUGGAGCAACAUGCUAUUGCCUUGGGAGUCUAUUUUUAAGCUGCUUGUCAUUCCAAGAAAUCAUUCCUGUGUUUCUAAGACCAGAAUCAAUGUCGUGGUGUUCUAAAGAACUGACUUGUAUACUUUUUGUUUACAAUUUUUGUCUGCAAUGCCUUCUGUUGCCUAUGUUUAUUGAUGUGUUUAUUCACAGCUUUACUUUAUUCUUAUGGUCACAUUAAGUAAAAUGAUAAAAAAAAAAGUCUGGAAGUUAACAUUCUAAAAGCAUUUAAAUUGCACAGAUUUUGAUGAAACUCUUUAUCUUCUAGCAGCUGAAAGCAUGUCUAUGGUGUUUAUCUUGUCACUCAAUUGUAGUACUAGAGCACCUUGUGCAGAUUUAUUUAUUUAUUUUUUAAAUUUUGCAGUGUAUGUGCAAGAAUUAAUGCAAUAUUGUGUCAGAGGACAGAAAGUAGAACUGUGUUAACCAUACUGAUUGAAGCGAAGCAGUCGUUGCAGCAGAACAUUGCUUAAGCAAUAAUUUUUAUUUUAAGAUUAAGCAAGUGUGGCCGUUGGACUGUGUUCUGAGAAAGACGAUACAGUAAUUUUUUUUUCUUCAUUUUUGUAUGCAUCAGCUGUUUUCACUUUUUUUAAAAAAAAGAUAAUUCAGACUUAUGAGUCACUGGUGAAAUAAAGUAUUUGCUUAUGUA